ACGUCGGGGAGCGGGGGGGGGGGGGGGGAGAUCAACCAUUGUGUGCUGCUGCUCCUAGCAAAACAAAUUCGGUAGAAGGGGGGGGAUGAUGCGCCAACUCUUGUGCGCCGUGAUUUGGCACUCGGAAAAGGCCAAGAAGAAGCUGCAGUCCAAACAAGACUCUCGUCUCGUCUCUCUAUUUCUUUUUUUGUGAGUGCGUGAGUGUGUCAGUGUUACCGACGCGUCCUCCGACGCUACUCGCAGGAUUCGCAACGUCCUCCGACAAACAUUUUACGAAAUUUUUUUUUUUUACAUUUUUUUUUUAACCUUCCGGUGUGGGGGGACCAUCGACCCCUGGACGUGAGUGUCCCGACACUUUUUCCCUCCUUUUUUUUAAAAAAAUCGGUUCGAGUGCGCUCGAAAAAAACAAACAUCAUGACGUGACGUGAAAAUCCUCUUUGCUGAAAUUCUUUCAACUCUUGUGUUUCUCGAAAGAAGGAGAGUUCAGCAGCAGCAGCCAAAAGUGUUUACUCUUCAGAGUGUGUGCGGGAGUAUAUAUUGAACGAUAAGAGAGAGGAAAAGUUUGUGCGUCGGUCUGUGUUGGGAGGGUUGGCAUCAAGGUCUAUCAGAAACUUUUGAAGGGAAUCAAAUCAAAAGAUGGAUAAUAGCGCUAGAAGGAGGCCGGACCGCAAUGCCGGGCCUAAUGCCUAUCACGAAGACGAAGUGACUGUCUUGACUGGGCCCAGUAAAAGUGCUGGAAUAGAGGAUGGCAAGAUCAAUUACGAGAAGGGCGAAUUCUAUACGAACCCACCGGUGGCGACGUGUUCCAGGAGGCAGGCCGUCGUCAUUAUUGGGCUCAUCCUGGUGACGCUGUUGACCUGUUCGCUCAUCAUUGCCUUCGUCAGGCCGAGCCAUUGCGGGCACGUCGACGAAGGCGGACUGGAUUUUCACGAGGAAGUCGCCGUCACUGCGCCACCGGAGGCCAUCGCCACCAACGGCGAGCCGUUCCCGUGGAAUGACGUCCGACUGCCCGACUCGAUCGUCCCGCUCCGCUACAGCGUCGUCCUCCACCCCAACCUGACGACGCUCUUCCUACGCGGCCAGAUGGAAGUCGUUUUCGCCGUCCAGAAGGAGACCAAUUUCAUCGUCUUUCACGGCAAGGACGUCACUCUCACCGUCGUCAUGGUCAAGGAUAAGAACAUGAGGGAAAUACUCACCACCAGGACCCUCUACUACCCUUACCAUCAGCAGAUCUACAUCGAGCUCAAGAAUUAUCUCCUGCCGGGCAACAAUUACUCGCUGGCACUCCGAUACGAGGGAAUGGUCCGCACCGAUCUCGAAGGCCUUUACCUCUCCAGCUACAAAGCGCCCAGCGGAAUGAAACGGUACUUGGUGACGACUCAUUUCCAACCGACGUCAGCUCGUUCAGCUUUCCCAUGCUGGGACGAACCCAACUUUAAAGCUCGUUUCAAGAUCGGUGCCGUUCGCCAACGCAAUUACGUGGCCCUCUCCAAUAUGCCGUUGGAUAACACGGAGGAUGUUUCCAUCUUCUGGGGCAGUGGAUUGGUUCAGGACAAUUUUCACGAAUCGGUAGCCAUGAGCACUUACCUAGUGGCGCUGGUGGUCAGCGACUACGGCCGAAUUCAGGAGGUGACCAAGACGGGUGUCACCCUAUCCAUUUACGCCCCACCUCACAUGACCAACCAGGCCGAAUUCGCUCUCAAAGCGGCCGUCAAGCUCUUCGACUAUUUCCAGUCAUUUUUCGGCUUCAGCUAUCCUUUGCCCAAGUUGGAUCUCAUCUCGAUGCCCGACUUUGCAGCUGGCGCCAUGGAGAAUUGGGGAUUGGCCGUGUUCCGUGAGAGCGCGCUCCUGAUGGACAACAACACAACAUCGUCAUCUGCCAAACAGCGGGUGGUCCUGAUCAUCGCCCACGAAUUAGCUCACCAAUGGUUCGGCAACCUCGUCACGAUGAAGUGGUGGGAUGAUCUCUGGUUGUCGGAGGGAUUCGCCAGCUUCGCCGAGUACAUUGGCGUCCAUCACAUCUUCCCGGAAUGGGCCAUGAUGGAUCAAUUUAUCCACUCCAAAACGAUGCCGGCCUUGAGAACGGACGCCCUAUCGACUUCCCAUCCAGUGUCGGUGACCGUGGCCGAUCCCAUCGAGAUUGAAGCCAUUUUUGACACAAUCUCCUACAACAAGGGAGCGUCCAUCUUGUACAUGCUGCAGCGUGUGCUGGGAGAAGAGAUAAUGCGGCGUGGGCUGAUGCUCUAUCUGGAACGUCAUCAGUACGGCAACGCCAAUAUGGACGAUCUAUGGCACGCACUCAGUCUGGGAACGCUUAACUCUUCGCAUCCUGUCCCCGUCAAGGAUAUGAUGGAUACUUGGACACAUCAAUUGGGUUACCCCUUGGUGACGCUCCGUCGCCAUGGCAACAUGAUUCACGCCUCGCAAAAGCAUUUCCUGCUGGUGAACUCGUCGGCCCACGGCGCCAACUCCUCGCACAAGUGGCACGUGCCACUCAGUUUCACCACCAGCGCAGCUCCCAACAUCGAAACGCAAAUCUGGAUGAGGGACCCGCUAUCGCUCAGGGCAUCAGACAUUAACUUUGAGAUACCCAUGAACGUUUCGUGGAUCAAAGCCAACGUGAACGCUAGCGGCUAUUACCGUGUCAAUUACGAGCCGGCCAUUUGGCAGGCACUAAUUCGUGUGCUGGCCAAUCAGCCAACGACUUUCAGCCCGGCUGAUCGCGCCCAGUUGAUUGACGACGCCUUCACUCUGGCCUGGGCCGGCAUGCUCAACGUCACCGUACCGCUGACGCUGAGCCAGUACCUGGUCAAUGAAACCGAUUAUCUGCCCUGGUCGACGGCCUUGACUCAUCUCCGCAAACUGGACACGGUCCUGUCCAUCCGGACGGCUCGCCGCUCUCUCCACUGCUUCGUGCGCCACCUGGUCACGCCUCUCUACAGUAUCAUGGGCUGGACGACCAAAGUGCCGCACAUUCAGAGCUUGUUGCAGCGCGAAAUACUCGAAGCGGCCGUCUACUUUGGCCUGUCCAGCGCCGUCAAUGAAGCCCGUCGACUCUUCACCCAGUGGAUGUCUGGCCAGAUGCAACUUCCGCCCGACAUUCGUGACAUUGUCUACUCCACCGGCAUCAAAUACGGAGGCUGGACCGAAUGGGACUACUGCUGGCAGAGAUACAAGGAGACGACCGUGCCGGAUGAGCGGCUCAACUUUUUGAGAGCCCUGGCAGCUUCCAACGAUCCCUGGAUCCUGCAACAGUAUUUGGAUUUUGCCAUGGAACGGAACUCGAUCCGCGUUCAAGACAUCCGGACGGUGGUGGAAUCGGUGGCUAGGAAUCCGGUCGGAUCUCUGCUAGUCUGGCGUCAAUUGCAGACGCGCUGGAACAUGAUCGAGGUCACAUUCGGUAGAGCCUCGUUCACGAUAGGCCGGCUGAUCGUGGCGGCCGUUUCGCACUUUCACGACCCGCUAGAUCUGAAAUCCGUGCAGACAUUUUUCCGCAAUGUCAACGUCGGAAGUGGUAAACGUUCGCUGAUGCAGUCCCUAGAACUUAUCCAGGCCAACAUCAAUUUCUUGAGCAAAAACGACCGGCAACUGGAACAGUGGCUCAGCCGGAAUUCGCCUCGCUGUUGAAAUUCCUCCCAACCGGAAGGACGAGAAAAUCCCUAAAGAAGAAAAAAGAUAAAAACAAAAAGGAAAA